CAAGCACAGCACUGGACUGGCUACACCAUGGCCUGGGCUCCUCUCCUGCUCACACUUCUGGCUCACUGCACAGGAUCUGCUUCCCAGAAAGAAGUGAUUCAAGAACCUACACUGUCCACAACUCCAGGGGGGACAGUCACACUCACCUGUGGCUUCAGUAUUGGAGAUGUCACCAAUCUUGAUUCUGUUAUAUGGAUCCAACAAAACUACCCCCAAGAACCCAGAGGUCUCCUACAUGGAGCUAACAGCAGAGCCCCUGGGGUUCCUGACAGAUUCUCUGGGUCCCUAUUUGGAAACAAGGCUGCCCUCACCAUCACAGGGGCCCAGGCUGAGGACGAGGCUGAAUAUUAUUGUGUUAUGUAUUUCAGCAACCAAUCCCACUAUGACAGAUGCAGGCUUGAAAAAGUCUUAAGAGAUAACAUUCCAGCCCAGGAACCCAAGGAGACUAGUCCCGUGAGUGUCUCCACCAUGGCCUGGAUGGUGUUUCUGCUUGCACUCCUCAUACAUGGCUCAGGAACAAAUUCUCAGACUGUGACUCAGGAAUCAAAAGUAUCAGUGUCUUUAGGGGAGAGAGUCACACUCAGCUGUGGCCUUGAUUCUGGGCCAGUCACUAAAGAUCACUACUCCAACUGGUACCAGCAGAUCCCAGGUCAGCCUCCUCUCAGGCUUAUCUACUGGACAGACAGCCGCCCUUCAGCAGUCCCUGAUCGCUUCUCUGGCUCUAUCUCUGAGAACAAGGCCACCCUCACCAUAACUGGAGGUCAGCUAGAAGAUGAAGCUGACUACUACUGUGCUCUCUACAUGGACAGUGAUACUCUCACAGUGGUUUAA